AUGGAUACCUCUGGUACAAGUGAUGACACCAUGCCAGAGUCCCGCAGACCCCUGCUCCCGGGAGAGUAUACUACAGGCUCAACGGACAACCUAGACACACCCCAUUCCACUAUCGAAACGCCAGCACCUUCCGAUUCCAGCACAGCGCUGCAGCAUCAAGGGACGAGGAUGUCCACACCGACAUCCCAGUCCAGUGAGACGAAGAAGACCUGGAAGGAGAGGUUUGGGUUGGUGGAGUCGAAGAGCAAGACGACGCCGACAGAAGGGAGCAAAUACGGGAUUGCUGAAACAAGGAUUGACCCCAGCACAGGAGGAGUCAUCAUUGGCCCAGGAACUCGUCCCCAUUCCACCUGCCUCUACCUUAGGACAAGCGGCAGGGAAGAAGCUAUUAUGGCCUACCACAGAUUCUCCCCCUGCGCCCCUGACCCCGACGAGAUCCCUGAGCCAGAAGAGUUUGACACCUACCAGCAUGACUGGGCGCUCAUGGACACAUGGCACCAAGCCAACCAGCUCCCCCCACUCGAGGAUGGGGAGAGACCAGAGUUCGAUCUCCAGUACCCAGACUCACCCACUAUCCCUGGCUAUCCAGACCUCAGCAUCACCACUGGGAGAAGCAACGCUGUGACCAGGAGAAGUACAGGAUCUGACAUCUCAGACCCCUACAACUCCUGGGUCACUGACAACAAAGAACACAACCUGUACGCAGUCCGAGAUGAGCUUGCUGACCACCACCUCAGCCCCUAUGGAGAGUGCCAUGGAGAUAUAUGCCACUGGCUUCAAGCCAUUGCUGAAGACCGAAGAAGGGACUGGGAGACCCCUGAGCCCCUUGUAUCAUACGUCAAGUGGACCCUCAGAGAGUAUGGAGCUGAGCCAGAAUUGGCCAACUUCUUCUUCGACAACCCAGUCCAUUCGGAGUGGGACGUACUCUAUAGAAGAACUGAAAUUGGGCCCUUGCAUGAAGGGGAGGCGCCCACGUACCAGAGAGACAAGAACUCCCCCUACUACCAUGACCCAAGGACCAGCCCCUCUAUUUCUGGCCUAGAGAUACUCAGACCAGGAUCUGGAACUGCUGGUACCCAUGGGAGCAUGCUGCCCUCACCGACUACCGCUACUGGAUCGCAGAGCCAGACACAGAGGAGUCCACGCCCUAUCCCCGAUCAACCCCCGAACCCUGCAAGGAAGAAGGCAGUGAUUGAGAUGGAUUGGGAAGAGCUACUGGAAUGGCAGAAGGGAUCCCUGGCCAAUGAGGGGUCAUGGAUCAUCACAGAAGCCACUAAAUUAAUGUACCAACCACAGCUACCGAAUAUGGUUAGGAAUGCAAUAUACGAGGAUGAGGUACACUACCAUGCUGCGAAGCUAUGGAACCAGUUACAUAAUGACAAGGCGGAUGUAUUAUGA